GUAGUCGGCGUCGUCGUCGUCGUCCUCGUUGAUUCUCUCUCUCUCUCUCCCUCCCUCUCCUUCUCUCUUUCACAUCCCUCCGUUGAGCUCAACAGUCAUCCCCCGUGGACGAACCCCGUUGUAAGCCAGGCAGCCACCCACCAUCGUGCGGAGCGUCGGUCCGCGCACUCGUCCGGGGGUGGCGGCAAGUCCUGCCGGAGCCAGUGCCCGCGCGUCUUUCGCGAUCAACGGACUGCGCGUACCAAAAACGGGAAGGUUCUCUUGCUCGCGUGUCAACCUUCGAAAGAGUCUGUGCCGUCUUUUAUCUUCCAAACCUUCAAACCAAUAUCCCCUUCUCUUAAUACCUUUAAAUAAUCUCAAUCAGCUUUAUCUUUCGUUUAUUUUCUAAGGAAGAAAGAAAAAGAAAGAAAAAAAAGAAACUACCACCACCCUUCCCCCCUACUCUAAGUAUGAUUCUGCCAAAAAGGACGUCACUUUGUUCCAUAUUUGAUAAUAUCGCGAAUUACUUUUGAACUAUACUCUUGAACGAACUAAAGUUAAGGCAAACCUUUUACUUAGUGCUAACUUUGAUCGAAACGUUCAAUAUAGUGUUCGAAAUGGACAAUACACGAAUGUACUACGGCCAAGUGAUACGGAUUAGGAUAACGACAAUGUUAUUUAUGUGAGCUUCCUGGAAAAUCUGCAAAUGAGAGAACGUUUCUCUCAAGUGAAAAUUUGUGAAAUUCCUAUGAGAGAUAUUUCGAAUAUAUUUCUUUUGUUUGACCGAUCGAUCUCGUCGAGCGAUACAACCCCUUUUAUUUAAUUAAACGAAUUUGGAAAUAUUAUUCUAGAAUUUAUGUGGAAAAGUUUGCCUGAUUCUAUUCUUUUUAUUUGUUCGUUAAAGUGUAAUGCGGACCACACGAUCGAUCGUCUUCGAAUGCGCUAUGUGAAGAACAAAUAGGCCUCGUGAUUUGGAAGAACUAUGCGAAUUGUUCAAUGCACGAUAAUUAUGUUACGCAGGACAAGACUGAACAAGAGUAAGUGUUUAGUAAAUUGAUUGGACGAAUGAACGAAUGACACAUCGGGCCUUCUUUCUUAUAUUCGUGAUUUAUGAGAUUUUAAACAUAAAAAGGACACUGGUUGGCAAAACUUCAGGACAACAUAUAAAGUGAUCAUGGUUAUAGAAUUCCUAGAGUGAUGAAAUUGAGACGUUUCCUGAUGUAAAUCGCACAAGGCUUAAAGCAAGAUGGACGAUCGCGUGGCCCGGAAGAACGUUCACGUAGGUCGAUGGAUCUUCGUUAGCGCGUAAUUUUCUGUGAAAGUGUUAACAUAGCCGUGUAUCGCGUGCAUACGUUCGUACGCUUUGCCGAGUUUUUUGCUCUCUUCUCUACGAACGUGUGUCAAGCAGAAACAAUGCUGUAAUCGUGCAGCUGCGAAGCGAGCUCACGUCGGACAUGAUGGCACUGUUGUUCGCCGUAAUCGUCAUCCUGGUCACCACUGCCAUGUCGCUGCCACCUGUCAUCAGAAUCGGUGCUAUUUUCACGGAGGAUCAGAAGGACAGUCCCUCGGAAUUAGCUUUUAAAUACGCAAUAUACAAGAUCAAUAAGGAGAAGACUCUUUUGCCAAAUACAACGCUGGUCUACGAUAUUCAAUAUGUGCCUAAGGAUGACUCUUUUCGGACGUCAAAAAAAGCUUGUAAGCAACUAUCGAGAUCCGUUCAAGGUAUUUUUGGACCUUCGGAUCCUCUUUUAGGAGCUCACAUACAAAGUAUAUGCGAAGCUUUAGACGUACCUCAUCUUGAAGCAAGGGUCGACUUUGAGCCAACGUUCAAGGAAUUUAGCAUAAAUCUUUACCCGGCUCAAGAUCACCUCAACAAAGCCUUUAAGGAUCUCAUGUCCUUUCUGAAUUGGACCAGAGUUGCCAUCAUUUACGAAGAGGAUUAUGGUUUAUUUAAACUACAGGAUCUUGUAAAAUCACCACCAUCAACGAGGACAGAAAUGUAUAUACGUCAGGCAGGACCUGGAUCUUAUAGACAAGUUCUACAAGAGGUCAGACAUAAGGAAAUUUUCAAAUUAAUCGUUGAUACGGAUCCAGCGCACAUGCAACAAUUUUUUCGUGCCAUAUUGCAGUUACAAAUGAAUGACUACAGAUAUCACUAUAUGUUUACAACAUUCGAUAUCGAAACGUUCGAUUUAGAGGAUUUCAAGUACAACAGUGUUAACAUGACGGCGUUCCGCUUGGUCGAUCUCGAGGAAGCCAAGGUCGCCGAGACGCUUCGACAGAUGGAACGCUUCCAGCCGAUUGGCCAUGCGAUUUUAAAUAAAACCGGUGUGAUUCAGGCAGAACCAGCUUUAGUGUAUGACAGCGUACAAGUUUUCGCCCACGGAUUGGCAGCAUUGGAUCGAAGUCAUGACCUAAGACCUGCCAAUUUAUCCUGUGAAAAAGAAGAACCCUGGGACGACGGUCUUUCACUUUAUAACUACAUCAAUUCCGCAGGCUUACACGGGUUAACUGGACGCAUAGAAUUCAACGAAGGUAAAAGAAAUAAUUUCAAAUUGGAUCUACUCAAGUUGAAGAAAGAAGAUCUUGUGAAGGUAGGCGAAUGGAAGCCUGGAAGCGGCGUUAAUAUCACGGAUGUGGGUGCCUUUUAUGAAACGACGGCGACAAAUAUCACGCUAGUCGUAAUGACAAGAGAGGAGAGACCAUACGUAAUGGUAAAGGAAGAUAAAAAUUUAACCGGAAACGCAAGAUUCGAAGGAUUUUGUAUCGAUUUACUUAAAUGGAUUGCCGGACAAGUUGGCUUCCAAUAUGUUAUUCGUUUGGUACCCGACCAUAUGUAUGGAGUUUAUAAUCCUGAUACCAAAGAAUGGAAUGGCAUCGUACGCGAGCUCAUGGAAAAGAGAGCAGAUCUUGCAGUUGCUUCUAUGACGAUCAAUUAUGCCAGAGAAAGCGUAAUAGAUUUCACGAAGCCUUUUAUGAAUCUUGGUAUUGGAAUCUUGUUUAAGGUGCCAUCCAGUCAGCCGACACGACUCUUCUCCUUCAUGAAUCCAUUGGCGGUGGAGAUUUGGUUGUACGUAUUAGCCGCGUACAUGUUGGUCAGCUUUACACUCUUCGUGAUGGCAAGGUUCAGUCCUUAUGAAUGGAACAAUCCACACCCUUGUUUAGCGGAUAGCGAUGUCGUCGAAAACCAGUUUAGCGUUAGCAACAGCUUCUGGUUCAUCACCGGUACUUUCCUAAGGCAGGGCAGCGGGCUCAACCCCAAGGCGACCAGUACGAGAAUUGUUGGUGGAAUAUGGUGGUUUUUCACACUCAUAAUCAUCUCCUCGUAUACGGCAAAUCUUGCAGCCUUUUUAACGGUUGAAAGGAUGAUAACGCCAAUAGAAAAUGCUGCCGAUUUGGCGGAACAAACCGAGAUAUCUUACGGCACUUUGGAAGGUGGCAGUACAAUGACUUUCUUUAGGGAUUCGAAAAUUGGAACUUAUCAAAAAAUGUGGAAAUUCAUGGAAUCGAAAACUCCUUCUGUUUUUGUAAAAACUUACGAGGAAGGGGUAAAGAGGGUAUUGGAGGGUGAUUACGCGUUUCUCAUGGAAUCUACGAUGCUGGAUUAUGCAGUCCAAAGAGAUUGCAAUUUGACACAAAUAGGAGGUUUAUUGGAUAGCAAGGGAUAUGGAAUAGCAACGCCAAAAGGCUCACCCUGGAGGGAUAAAAUAUCUCUAGCUAUUCUCGAGCUACAGGAGAAAGGUGUAAUACAGAUCCUCUACGAUAAGUGGUGGAAGAAUACGGGAGACGUGUGUAACAGAGAUGAAAAGAAUAAGGAGAGUAAAGCUAGUGCUCUUGGGGUCGAAAAUAUCGGUGGCGUCUUCGUCGUGCUACUAUGUGGUCUUGCUCUAGCAAUCCUAGUGGCAAUCCUCGAGUUUUGCUGGAAUUCGAAGAAAAACGUUCAUUCCGACAGGUCACUCUGCGCCGAAAUGUUCUCCGAAUUGCGUUUCGCCGUGCACUGUGGAUCGCGACAGAGGCCAGCUUCAAAAUCGCGGAAUUCCUCAGUCCCUGUAUCAUGCGGCCGUUGCAGUCCACAUGCUACUAGAAGAAGGAUGAGAUAUUAUUCGAGUGGGCACGAAGAGACGACAUAUGUACCCAGCUUGGAUAUACCUAGGUUAAAUGCAGGAGGGUGGUGCAUUGCCGAUGACGGAGAUGAAGAAAUCAUUGAGCUUCGAUCAAGUGGGGGCGGCCCGUGGCGGGAACACCUAGCACAGGCCUCAUCCUCAUCUUCGUCUUCAGCAACAGCAACAACAGCAGCAGCAACAGCAGCAACAGCAGCCACCACAGCCAGCGUGCAAAGUCACACCUACGCACACACGUCACAUACACUGCCACUCUCAUUCACACAAUCACAGCCACAGUCACAGUCACAGUCACGCGCACAAGCACCAAGCAGCCCCACUGAAACAGAGACGGGGCUCUUCAGGCAUCGUCUUGGGUCAAGGUUAGAUGCGUUCGAUGUCGAUGACGAAGACUCGUUUCUCAGAGGUGACCACCCUGAGAGCAUCCUCUGGAGAUUCGAUUGCGAUCUAGGGGGUGAACCGGACGUUGUGAUCUCUCCACCACCUCCACCACCACCGCCACCUUCUGCAGCGGUUUCAAGGACGACGACUCUUUGACCGAUACUAGAGGAGGUGCCUACAGGUGUGCCCGUCCAAAAUGAGCUGCCAACUCAAGCCUCCGUUGUGAUCAAUGUGAUCAAUCAAAAGGAGACGUGUUUAUAGCACACAUAGUCGGCGGAAUGAACGAACGAAUGAAUGAAAUCCGCCGAGAUAUGCGCCGAACUAAGGAUGACCGAAAAUUUUUCCGUGACUCCGUGAGCCUGCUGUUGAUACUGCCCUGCUACUGCCGCUGCUAUUGCCGCUGCUAUCGCCGCUGCUGACGUUACGUCAAUGAAUGCGUUUCCGAACGCGUUAUCGCUGAUAGGCAGGUAUUCGUCUUUAAACGAUUCGAGAGAAAUGUUUCGAGGCAAUUUUUUUGUUCUUGUUUCUUUUCUAGUUUUGUUUUUUUGUUUCCUUUUUUUCUCCCUAGAAAUCAUCGAUACGUUAACUUUCUCUCGAAUUCAGAAUUUAAAGUCAAUUAAGAAAAUGAAUUAAUAAUUACUAUCUAACUUGAUAAGAAUAAAAUCAUUCGCUAGAUCGACAAAUACCUGUUUCUAAUAAUACAAAGGAAUAACGUUCGAAUAUAAAAUCAAACAUAUCGAUCGAAAUAUUUUAAUUUGUUUUUUAACGUUCGAUAAGGCGAACCUACAUAACAUCCAAUGAUGAUUGAUUGAUAUUUGAUAGGAGAAUGAGAAAAAACUAUUCAUACAUUACUAUUUAUUACUUUGUUGUUGUAGAGACUUGUUCUAAAAAAAAAAAAAAAAAAAAAAAAAAUAAUAAUAAAAAAGAAAAAAGAAACAAAGAAAAACAAAAACAGAAAGCAAUUCAAUCUCUCGAAUAUCGCUUUAUCGAAACGUUCGAGUGAGAUAAAUUGAAAGGAUGAGCCAAAAAAUAUACGUACGUCGUUGCAGUCGGACCAAAUUCGAAGCGAUCACUGCCAAGCUUAUAAAUUAUUAUUCGCAACGUCGAAUACGAUAUCGACGAAGUACGGACAAAGUUUUAUAGUCUGAUCGACCGUGAAUUAUAAAGUUAAAGGUAUCGCUAAGAACGAUGGCCUAAAUAUAAUAGCUUUAGCUACGUUACGCAAUUAAUAAUCCGAUCUGUACGAGUCCAAUUUCGGACUUUCGAUGCACGAUUCAACGGAUUAUUCAAACGAAUUCGAAAAAUCGAUUACCAAGAUUUUCAUUCAGAAUAAAGUUUAAAGGCGUCGUAAUAAUAUCGUAAAAAUGCACAAUAACGUAGGGUUACUGAUAUUGGGCGAGAGCAAAUAGGUAUUUCAAAGUAAUUCUGGAGGAUCGAAGGAAUGCUUGAAUUUCGAAGGAAAUACAAAAAAUGAAAAAAAGAAAAGAAAAGAAAAAAGGACGAAGACCAAACCGCGAAUUCAAUUUUCAAGCGAAACAAAAUCUAUAAAUAAAAUAAUUCAAAAAUUCCAUAAUUCAAAUCGAUCGUGACUCGUUUUGUAUAUAUACAUAUACACAUAUAUAUUAUCUACAACUAAACUCGAUUCGAGCUUACAUACGUAAAAAAUAAAUUAAUGGAUCGUUAUCGAGUUUCGACCAAAUUAGAUACACAUGUAUUGAAAAUAUGAAACGCGUUGAAAAUUUUAAUAGUCGAAUUUAUCGGAUGAUAAUUUUUUUUUUAAAUUCAAACAUAAACGAUUACGUACGGACAUGUUUACAUUCGUACAUCGAACGAAGUUAAAAACACGGAUAGAAUUUCGCAAAACCUUCUAAAAAUGUUUCUGAAAACAUUUUUAAAAAACAUUACAGAAAAUAUUUUCCUACGGAGCAUUCUCGCUAUGAUGACGAAUGAUUAAACGAGUUUGCACGAUUCAUUAAGAAAAAGCUCCAAACGAAAACACUCGGAUCAGUAAUUAAUUCCUGGAAGUUAACUUUAGCUCUUUGAAUACAUUCAAACGAUAUCGUUUGCAUGU